CAUCCGCUCUCUCCGAACAGAAUAUAAAUGUCCGAGAUUACAGUACUAAAUUUUCUCGUGGUUGGUGAUCAACAUGAAAGUCGCGAAGCUAUAAAUGCUUGUUGAUGGUUGUUUCUUCACGAUUUCUUUCAUCUCUUAGCGACUAAGUAUUCUUUCUCCUUCCAUAAUCAUCAUAAUAAUUUCCUAUUAAUAUUAAACACAAUUUCAAGAAACCCUACAACCAAUUCAUUCGAUCAUGGCGUUCUACUCAUACCCAUCUUAUUCUGCACCUUUAUUUUCACACAUUUCAUCUCUUUCGCUCAGAAAUUUUGUUCCAAAACUCAAAGAUUUGUUCACCCCUGCUGUUGCUGUCAUUAUUGGGAAUGUUUUUUCUGCAAUUUUCACCUUUUUCUUUGCCUUAGUUGGGAUUUUAUUAGGAGCAAUGACAGGGGCCUUAAUUGGUCAAGAGACAGAGAGUGGGUUUGUUAGGGGGGCGGCAGUUGGAGCAAUUUCAGGGGCUGUGUUUUCGAUAGAAGUUUUCGAAUCUUCACUUGUUUUGUGGAAGUCAGAUGAAUCUGGGAUCGGUUGUCUUCUAUACUUGAUUGAUGUCAUUGUAAGCUUGUUAAACGGUAGGCUUGUUCGCGAACGUUUUGGCCCAGCAAUGUUAAGUGCAGUUCAAAGUCAAAUGGGAGCUGUUGACACCCGCUUUGAUGAGCUCCAGAGCAUAUUUGACGUUGGCGGUUCUAAAGGCUUGCCCGAAUAUUCGGUUAAAAAAAUACCCAAAAUUACAAUUACUAGCAGCAACAAUGUGGAUGAUUCUGGGGAGAGAAUCUCCUGUUCUGUUUGUCUUCAGGAUUUUCAAGUUGGAGAAACUGUGAGAAGUUUGCCACAAUGUCAUCACAUGUUCCACCUACCAUGCAUUGAUAAAUGGCUAGUGAGACAUGGGUCAUGCCCAUUAUGUAGAAGGGAUCUGUAAAUUUGUCUUUUUGUUAGUUUCUGUCAGUCCCCAAAUUGAAGUUUUUUUAAUUUUCACAACAGGACCUUACGGUUUAUUUAUUUCUAGAAUUAAACCCUGCAUUUUAGCAUGUUCUGUUUUGUGUAUGUACCAUCGAGGGGAUAACUUACUCAUUUGUACAAAUAGUACAUGCUCUUUGCUCGUUGUUUUUA